CGGAGUGACCCGGUGACCCGCGACAGGACUGUCACGUGGUGACGUUCAGUUCCGCCGUGCUGAAGGUGCGCUCCGGCUGCGUUGCGCGUGAGCACCGGCGUUCAUUAUUACAGCGCGUGACCACACACACACACACACAGAGAACCAUCAUGAUGAUAACACGCGUGCGGUCCGCGGUCUCCAGCAUCAUCGGCGGCAUCAUGGCUUCGGGUUCCAGCGCGCACGAGACGCAUCCCGAUCUACCGCUCCGGUUCCCGUACAGCAGGCCGGAUUUCCUCGCGCUGUCACCGGACGAGGUGGAGUGCUCGGCGGAUCACAUCUCCAGACCCAUCCUCAUCCUCAAGGAGAUGAAGCUGCCCUGGGCCACCGGAUACGCGGAGGUGAUCAACGCAGGUAAGAGUGCCCAGAAUGAGGACCAGGCGUGCUGUGAGGUGGUGGAGCUCCGGAAGAGACCCACUGACCCGUCCAGCCCCAGCUACACACCCAGCAGGAGACGCUCCUCUCUGCCCAGCGCUGACCUGCUGGAGACCAUCGACAGCUCGGAGGUGAGGGAGCAGAACUUCCACUACUGGGCUCUGUUUGAUGGUCACGGUGGCUCCGGAGCCGCGCUGUUCGCAGCCAAGUUCCUCCACCUCCACAUCGAGGAGCAGCUGCAGGAGGUGCUGGAGAUCCUGCAGAACCCGGCCCUGACACCACCCACCUGCCUCGGCGAGGAGAACCCCGUCCAUCAGCUCCACCCGUCUGCUGGAUGCUCCCAGAGAGGCCUGUCGAGGGCGGCGUCGCUCCGAGGGGCCGCCGGGGCCCCGGGGUCCCCUAACACUAUGGCCCCGCGGUUCUUCAUGGAGAAGAAGAUCAAACAGGAGAGUCUGGUGGUGGGAGCCAUAGAGAACGCCUUCAAGGAGAUGGACGCUCAUAUCGCUCGAGAGAGGAUGCUUUACUCUAUAUCUGGAGGAUGCACCGCUCUAGCCGUGGUCUAUUUACUUGGAAAACUGUACGUGGCCAACGCUGGAGACAGCAGGGCUCUGAUCGUCCGUGGAGGAGAGAUCAUUCCCGUGUCCAGCUCCUUCACUCCUGAAUCGGAGCGUCAGAGACUUCAGUUCCUGGCUCAUCUGCAGCCGGCGCUGCUGGGAAACGAGUUCACACACCUGGAGUUUCCCAGAAGGGUCACGAAAAAAGAGCUCGGGAAGAAGAUGCUGUACCGAGACUUCACCAUGAACGGAUGGGUGUAUAAAACCGUUCAGGAGGAAGAUCUGAAGUUUCCACUCAUAUACGGAGAAGGAAAAAAGGCUCGUGUUUUGGCCACCAUCGGCAUCACUCGAGGACUCGGAGAUCACGACCUGAAGGUUCACGACUCAGACAUCGCCAUCAAACCAUUCCUCUCCUGCUCUCCAGAGGUGAAGAUCUAUAACCUCUCUCAGUACGAGCACGGGGCCGAUGAUGUCAUGAUCCUGGCUACAGAUGGACUCUGGGAUGUGCUGUCCAAUCAGGAAGUGGCAGAGGCGGUAUCUGGUUUUCUUGGAAACUGUGACCCUGAUGACCAGCACAGGUACACAAUGGCAGCUCAAGACCUGGUGAUGAAGGCUAGAGGUGUCCUGAGGGACCGAGGCUGGAGAAUCGCCGGAGACCGACUCGGCUCUGGAGAUGACAUCUCAGUCUUCAUAAUUCCCCUAAUGCACGGCAAUAAACAGCCUCCGCCAAGCUGACCAAUCAGAAUGCAGGGCGCCAACCGAGUCGGAACAAAUCCGUCUCUGACCCAAAAUUCUGAUGCUCAGACCGCGUCCUGCUGGAGUUUAUGGAACCCGCUGUGCGUUUGAACUCAUUUACAAUACGAACACUUGCUUUUAAGACUUAGAAGUCGACAACUGCUGACUUUGAAGACCCACGUCAGUGUUCCCUACCUCCGCGUGGGAUGAGUAUAUAAGUUAUAACUUUGCACAAUGACUAAAGGUGGGUCCGGUUCUUUGAAGUUCUCCAUGGACAGAUGCGCUCCAUCCGCAGUUUGUUUAUCCGCACUCAUCUGGCAGCUAGGCGGAACCAACCGCGUUUUGUUUUUCUUCUCAGGAUAUUAAUUUAUCCUCUGAAUGUUUAGUUUGCGGUUUCUUUUUUGCAUUCCCUGAAAAAAAAAAUAUAUAUCAAAGCCAUUCUGGCUGUUAUUUGUACAUUUUUUUCCAAUGACUCCAAGUUACUGUAAGUGAAAAUGUUUUUUUUUUUUUCUCCUGCGCUCUGUAAAUUGGCGAUUGGUACGAUCUGAUCUUCCAUUAAUCACGGUAAGGUCUUUAGGAUGACACAUUUUUAAGGAACAAUAAAUCAUGUGUCCGACAAAGAA